CAUUGGAAUCGGCGAACACGCCUCGGAACAAGGUCCGAAUUGAACUACAGUCGUUGUCAAAGAGUAGAAAAAUUUGAAGGUGUUAUAAGUGAAAUCGCAAGUAUAAUGGCUCCUAAGAAGCAGCAGAGUAGCUUAAAGCGGAACCGGCACAGCACCGGCGGCGACGACCAAGAAAUAAAGAAACCUCGCCGAUCGAACCGGCUGUCUUCCCAGCCGCAGAAAGAGCCUCACACACAGAAAGACCCCAACAAGCAGACUCCUAUAAAGAACCAAUAUCUCCCCUCCCCUCUGACGAACCACGAAUCGACAGCUACCGAGCCAAACUACAAAGAGCAGACAGCGACACCACCAGAGGGUCGACCCAGUCAGAUUCGCCAUGUCACUCCCCUAUCCUCCCCUCAACUCAAUGCUCUAUCCUCGCCGCCGCAAGAUACUCAAAUCCUAUCACAAUUCAUUUACCCCCCUCGAGACAUCGAGCGAGAUUUGGACGACGACGAUGGGAACUGGGGAUACCUAUUCCCAUUAAAGGAGACCGGUCACCGGUUAAUCAUGAAGCGCAGAGCAUUUUGUCCCGCACCGUCACACCCUCUCGAGAUAAGCCGAGCAACAGUCAAGAGUAAGAAGAAGGGGGAGAAACAGCUUGAAGAGGAUGAAGAAGAGUACGAGGACGAGAAACGUAUGGAAGGGUUUCCUGCCGGAGGAUACCUCAUUGGCAGACACCCCGAGUGUGACAUGAUUUUGGAUAUUCCCACCGUAUCCAACCGACAUUGUCUGUUAUUCAACGAGACAAGGAACGGCGACUCGAUCGCCGUCCUCGAAGAUCUAUCCGCCAAUGGAACUUUCGUCAACGAGGCGCUAGUCGGUCGCAACAAGCGAAGAGAACUUGAGGAUGGCGAUGAGAUCACCAUCCUGGACGAAGCGAGGUUUGUCUUCCGGUAUCCCAAAAACCGAGAUUCAAGUGCUUUCAAUUCGCAAUACCGGAUCCUGCAGCAACUAGGAAAGGGCCAUUUCGCGACGGUCUAUCUCUGCGUCGAAAGAGCCUCCGGCUUCAAAUAUGCCGUCAAGAAAUUCGAGAGGCGGAUGGGCGAGUCUCAAAAGUCUCAGACAGAGGGACUACAACAAGAAAUCGCCCUCCUAAUGAGUGUCAGCCACCCAAAUGUUUUGUGUCUGAAAGAAACAUUCGACGAACAAGAUGGAGUGUAUCUCGUGUUGGAACUUGCCGCCGAAGGCGAGCUGUUCAACCUAAUUGUGACGAAGCAAAAAUUGACCGAGGAAGAAACACGCAAGAUCUUUAUCCAGCUGUUCCAGGGCACAAAGUACCUGCACGAACGAAACAUCGUCCACCGAGACAUCAAGCCCGAAAACAUUCUGUUGACGGAUAAGAACCUGUCCGUCAAGCUCGCCGACUUUGGCCUGGCCAAGAUCAUCGGCGAGGAAUCAUUUACCACGACGCUCUGUGGGACACCAAGCUACGUCGCGCCCGAGAUCCUCGAGAACACACGUCACAGAAAGUACACCAAAGCCGUCGACAUCUGGUCUCUCGGCGUGGUACUGUACAUCUGUCUAUGCGGUUUUCCACCCUUCAGCGACGAACUGUACAGCAAAGACAACCCCUACACGCUGGCCCAACAGAUCAAAAUGGGCCGCUUCGACUACCCGUCCCCAUACUGGGACAGCAUAGGCGACCCAGCCCUCGAUCUGAUCGACCAUAUGCUCACCGUCGACGUGGCAAAACGGUACACAGUCGACCAAUGUCUCGAGCACCCGUGGACCCGGAACGCCGUGUCCGCGAGUAUCAACCCCUCAGACUCGACCGACGGGUUGACCGGCGCGAUGUACAGCCUCGAUUUUUCCAAGCGCAAAAUCAAUCGAGAGCGCACCCUGCUCGCGAAUAUCAAUGAUAUCAAAGUGAGUAAGGUCGUUGAAGUCAAGGGUGCGCAUGUACCAGGCGGACAGGACAAGGGAGCACCUGCAAAGGUGAAGGUCUGGGAGAAGAAUACUGAUGGAAAAGUCGCUAUUGCGACGGACACUGCACCAGAAAAGAAUAAUAAGAAAAAGGAGGAAGAUCCUGCGGCGAAUAGGCAGCAGGAGGAGUUUAUGGGAAUGGGUGGGAAGGGAGAUAUGCAGCUUUUCGGCGACGAUAUCUCGUCGAGGUAUCUGCCUCAAGAGGUGCCGGAUACGCAGAAAUCGGCAAAGUGAGGCGAUACACGAUUUCUUCGACAUGGCGGGAUGGUCCUGCUUUUCAGUUCAUGGUACGAGGUAUACUUGCCAUUUGAUCUGGAUGGCUUUGGUGAUAUUGGUAUGAUAGGUUAUCAGGAGCGGCACUCUUUUUCCGUUGUAUAUACUGGGAUUUCACCAGGGGUCAUCACAAGCCACUCCUUUUCGACCAUUGGGGACGAUGCAUUUAUAUCAAUGU